AUUACUUCACCCGCAUUGGCUUGCAGAAAAGCGCACAUUGUGCAAGGUAAACAACGCGACAGCACCGACCCCACGCCCUGACCAUUCGAUCUACGCGGUCAGAAGUGCAGUGGCGCUCGGAUUGCUGAUACUCUGGGAAUGCACCAAGAGGAUACUGUAUUUGGAACAUGUUACUAGGAAAUUUGGUAGUAAUUGUCUCUGCACUCCUGACGGGAAUCACAGUUUCUUGGGGAUAUGUAUUUCAAGCUGGACAAGAUGGAGAUGGACCUAAUUCAAAAUCAAAAAAACUCGAGUUCCUUUGGGAUAGUUCAUCCGGAUCAUGUAAGGACCGCUGCUUCGAACUGGCGGAGUCGGAGCCACCACAUUGCCGCUGCGACAACCUCUGCAAGACCUACUACAGCUGCUGUUUGGACUUCGACAAGCACUGCCUGAAAACAGAUGGAGGCUUCGAGUGCUCGGAGAACCGGUGCGGAGAGGUGCGGAAUGAAGACCACGCGUGCCACUGCUCUGACGACUGCGUGGAGAACGCAGACUGCUGCACCAACUACAAGGCCAUGUGCAAAGGUGAAACAACAUGGUUGGAAGGAGACUGUGAGGAGGUCGAGACUCCUGAGUGCCCUGCGGGAUUUAUACGCCCACCUCUUAUCAUAAUGUCACUGGAUGGCUUCCGAGCAUCAUACUUGAAAAAAGGGAAGGCAAUCAUUCCAAACAUGGAGAAACUGAGAACCUGUGGCACCCAGGCUGCCCACCUGAGGCCGAUGUACCCAACUAAGACCUUCCCUAACCUCUACAGCUUGGCUACGGGGCUGUAUCCAGAGUCUCAUGGCAUCGUGUGCAACUCCAUGCACGACCCUGUGUUUGACGCCAACUUCAAUCUGAAGGGCAGAGAGAAACUGAACCAUCGAUGGUGGGGCGGCCAACCUAUCUGGAUUACUUCUGUCAAGCAAGGAGUGAAAGCUGGAACCUUCUUCUGGCCAUGGGUGAUUCCUCUGGAGAGGAGAAUACUGACCAUACUGCGCUGGCUCCACCUGCCUGAGGGAGAAAGGCCAUAUGUUUUUGCUGUGCACUCAGAACAGCCCGACACAUUUGGCCAUCGCCUUGGUCCCCUCAGCAAUGAGUUGGACAAUCCACUGAGGGAGAUCGACAACAUCAUUGGCCAGCUCAUGAAUGGCCUCAAGCAGAUGAACCUCCAUCGCUGUGUAAACUUCAUGCUAGUCGGAGAUCAUGGGAUGGAGGAGGCUCACUGUGACCGGACAGAGUACCUGAGCUCCUACUCUCUCAGUGUGGAUGACCUUGAUUUGAUCCCUGGUUCCUCUGGAAGAUUACGGCCAAAGAACCGCACAGCCCCAUAUGAUCCAAAGGAAAUCAUAGCAAACCUCACGUGUAAGAUGCCAAACCAGCACUUUAAGCCAUACUUGAAGCAGCACCUUCCUAAGCGCCUUCACUACGCCAAUAACCGCAGGAUUGAGGACGUCCACCUCCUGAUGGAGCGCAAGUGGCACAUCGCCAGCAAAUCCCCAGAGAUAAAAAGACCAUGUGGUUUUUUUGGAGACCAUGGAUUUGACAACAAGAUAAAUAGUAUGCAGACAAUCUUUAUGGGCUAUGGGCCUAGCUUUAAGUUCAAGACCAAGGUGCCGGCAUUUGAAAACAUUGAGCUCUACAAUGUCAUGUGUGAUCUUCUUGGAUUAACUCCUGCACCCAACAAUGGGACUCGUGGCAGUCUGAAUGCCGUUUUGCGAAACCCGUCGUACACUCCUGUGAUGCCAGAGGAGGUGACCGCCCCCUCCCCCUUAGAUCCUGCUUCCGCAGCCGUUUACGACCUGGGCUGCAGCUGUGACGACGAGAACAAAGUGGAGGAGAAUAGCCAACGAUUCAGUCCAGCAGUUGAUGACAGCACACAUCUCCCCUACGGUCGGCCUGCAGCUCUGUUCCAAACCAAAUACUUUCUCCUUUACCAUGGUGACUUUGUGAGUGGAUACAGUGAGGAGCUAGCUAUGCCUCUGUGGACGUCUUUCACUAUUUCUAAACAGAUAGACGGCACUCCACUUCCGCUGCCCGCCAGUGAUUGUGUACGGGCAGAUGUCCGCAUCCCACAGGCCAACAGCCAGGCAUGCUUAUCCUACACUCCGGAGUCUGAGCUCUCCUAUGGCUUCCUCUACCCGCCAGAGCUCGCCGCCACACCUGAAGCCAAGUAUGAUGCAUCCUUGAUCACAAACACCGUCCCGAUGUACAGAGCCUUCAAAAAAAUAUGGAGCUACUUCCAAGACACUUUGUUAAGGCAAUACACAGAAGAGUUGAAUGGGAUUAAUGUCAUCACUGGACCCAUUUUUGAUAACAAUUAUGAUGGCCUCCGAGACACCGUGGAGCAAAUCAAAGACAGGUAUGCAGGGGAUGCGGCUCCAGUCCCGACCCACUACUAUGCCGUCAUCACCAGCUGCACCGAGACCAACCAGACUGCAGAGGCCUGCGAGGGGCCGCUCAAGGUCUUCUCCUUUAUCCUGCCCCACCGGCCAGACAACGACGAGAGCUGCAAUAGCGCGGAGGAGGAGUCUCGCUGGGUGGAGGAGGUGCUGAAGACGCAUACGGCACGCGUGCGUGAUGUGGAGAUCCUCGUGGGUCUGGACUUUUACCGCGGCACCACACAGGAGUACACAGACGUCCUCACCCUAAAGACUUACCUGCACACGUUUGAGGGAGAGAUCUGAAGAGAGUAACGUGAAAAAAAAUAAAAAUAAAACCUGCCACCCCCCCCACCCCCCUGGCACCCUGAUCUCCUACUCUCUCGUUCUUGCUCUCUCAUUUCCACUUCCUCUCUCUUGUCCUGAUACAUCUCUGAUGCCUAGGUGUAUAUUUUUGUACAAUUUGUCAUAUUUAUUAUUCAUUAAAAAGAGAAAAUAACAAUACUGUGCCACACUUUAACACUAGUUCCCAUAGAAUUUUCUGUAUGUGUAUGAAGUAACAUUUAUCUCACAUUUGUCUCGUAUUUCACCUGUAUGAGCAGUUGUGAUUAGGAUCAUGUGUGCGCGUGUUUAUGUUUGUCUGUGUGUUUGUGAGUGUGUUGGGAAUUGAGAUGGUAAUAGGAUUGGUUGCAGGACAUUUUAGCAACACUUGCUUGUGAAGAGUGAAGAGGACCCUUUCUCUGUUCCACUUACAUUCUGACCGUAACAUUUACAUUCUGACUUGCCAUUGUGUACCUGCUCAGAACUUGAACUUUUUACUCAAACUGUCACCUCCCAUGAUGCAUUUCAGUCCAAAUGGAACACUGUCAUGGACCUUUGUCUCAUGGAAACACCUGAGAAUCUUAUACACCCUUAACCCUUCCGACAUGAAACCUUACCAUGAUAAUAAACCACAUACAAGGAGUUUUCAAUGGCUGGAAACGAACGUAAAUAAACAAAUAAAUAUAGAUCGAUCUGUGUAGCUCCCCUAUUUAAGAUACUGUAUCCAUUAACAUGUGGCAUGGUUUUGAUCUGAAUAAAUUCAUGUAAUGUCAAA